GCAAAAACCCGAGAAAACAAAACACUUUGAAGUUUGUGAUAAUUGAAUCAUUGAAAAUCCAGUGAUUUUGCAUCCUCGAAUGUCAAGUUGAAGUUUUGUAACCUCACUUUGCAGAAAAUACACAACUUUUUUAAGUCAAUCAGCUAAGCUUUGAAAUUCCGAAAAUACAGAUUGCUUGAAUUCAAUCAACGAACAUAAGCGUGGAGGGGGAAAGGAUGAAGGGUAAUGAAGCAAAGAUGGCGAGGAUGGAAGACAUACUAAACCUACCGGUUCAAGAUCCUCCUUAUUCCGAGUUUUCUGCAGCUCAUAUCAAUUGGUUUAAAGUCGAAGGUGGUCGACAAGGUGGUGAUGAUAUUGCACUGAUUCCCUUUUCUAGAGUGGAUGAUUUUGUGAAAGGUGAAUCCAGCAAUGCUGACUGCCCUGCUAGCUUUCGUGUCGAAUCAAGAAGGAAGAGACCCGAGGGGAGUCUUAGCAGACCAAGAGUCGAUGGCUAUCUUGAGUAUACAUUGUAUUGGUGCUCUUAUGGUCCUGAAGACUACAGGGAUGUCGAACCUCAUGUAGGUGAAAACUCAAGCAUCAAACCUGCUUCGGGUAAGGGAAGUAGGCCAGGGAGAAGGCACAUGAUGCGGGGAUGUCUUUGUCACUUCACUGUUAAACGUUUAUACACCCGGCCUCUACUUGCUCUCAUCAUAUACAAUCAGAGGAAUCAUGUGGAUAAAACAGGAGCUCCCUGCCAUGGGAUACUUGAUCAAGAAUCUGUGGGAACUAGAGCUAUGUAUGCUCCUCGAAUAUCAGAGGAACUUCGUCAAAAGGUGAUGGCCAUGCUUCAUGUUGGAGUAUCCUUGGAUACAAUAGUCCAGCAUCACAUGGAAGAGGUGCAGAGGCAUGGGGGUCCCCAUAUCCGUGAUGAUUUCCUGACACGCAAUGAUGUCCGUAAUAUGGAAAGGCUUAUACGCAAUGCCUCCCAUGAGUUGCAUUCCAAUGUUGAAUGCAGUGUGAAGAUGUGGGUACAACGCCACCAUAAGCAUGUGUUUUACUUCGAGGAGAGUUCUGGUUCUGAAACUUUUGUAUUAGGGUUACAAACCGAUUGGCAGCUGCAGCAGAUGCUUCGCUAUGGACAUAGUGGAUCCAUAGCUUUUCAUACUGCAUCUGGAUCUAAGAGACUUAAGGAUACUUUAUGCUCUCUACUGGCAUUCGAUUCGUCACAUAAUGCCGUUCCAGUUGCCUGGAUUAUUACUUCCUCUUCUCAUGGUAAUAGUAAUACGCACAAAUGGAUGCUGUCCCUCGUUGAGAGACUACGUGGCAAGGACACAAGCUGGAGACCUCAUGCAAUUAUAGUGGAUGAUCCCUCUCUUCAGCUCUCGGUUAUUCGUGAAGCUUUCCAAUGUCGAAUUCUAUUGUGCCUCUGGCAUGUUCGUCGUGGUUGGCUUAAAAGCCUAUUAAAACACUGUCACAAUUUUGAUGCUCAAAGAGAGAUGUUUAAGCACCUAGGCCGGAUAUUGUAUUGCACAGGGAAUGUGUCGAGCACUGCAGUUGCGGUUGAAGAGUUCCUGCAAAUAUAUGUUGAUCAGUCUGAAUUUGUAGAGUAUUUCAGAAGUAAAUGGCUGCCAAAAUUAGAUUUAUGGUUCAAUUGUGUCAGGACUCUCCCAGUGGCAGGAUUAGAGCAUUAUGCUUCAAUAGAAUCCUAUCACCUGCGAUUAAAAUCGAGGGUCCUCUCUCUGUUGGUGGAAAAGUCACACAGAAAUGACUUGUUGAUUCACGCGUUGACAACCCAAUUUCACUCCUUCUACUGGUUCGACACAUAUAUAGUGGAUACGGGGUAUUUUGAAAAUCUAAGGGAUAGAUUCAGUUUAACCAACCCAUGGUAUCAGGACUUGAACAACUGA